GCACAAAACGAAAGUAAAGCGCGAUGACUGGACACUGACAGCAGUGCAGUCGCUAAGUGUUCAAACACUCGUGGGACCAUCUACACCAAGUACUCUAACUAUAACAACAAAUGAUACAUAACUAUAAAACGUUAGAGAGCAUCCACACUAGAGAAACGUUGAUCGUUCUACACCGAUCAAUCCACUGGUCAACGCAUCCUACUGCACGCUAAAAGGCCUAUUAAUAAAUCGAUUCAACAACAUUUUAAGCAAUGGAUUCCACAAACUAUGUCUCCAUACUGUACGAGUAUGCUCAGAGACAACGUCAGAUCUCUGACAUCAAGUUUGAGGAGGUUAGAACAGAAGGACCGGAUCACCUGAAAACCUUCACUCUGAGGGUGGUGAUUAAAGGCCAUGCCUAUCCUAACGGGGUUGGAAAGAACAAGAAAGAGGCCAAACAGAAUGCUGCUAAACAUGCUCUGGCUGGCAUGAUGGAGACGACAGAGCAGAAGGAUAAACAUGCUCUGGCUGGCGUGACGGAGACGACAGAGCAGAAGGAUAAACAUGCUCUGGCUGGCGUGACGGAGACGACAGAGCAGAAGGAUAAACAUGCUCUGGCUGGCGUGACGGAGACGACAGAGCAGAAGGAUGCAUCGGUUUCAUGUCCUCCGUCACCGGCUCAGUCUCCAGCCCCUCCUGUCCGAGCAGUUAUCUCCCAGCCCAACUACGUGUGCUGGCUGAAUGAACACAGCCAGAAGAACAAGCUGUCUCUAAAGGCUUUGGAGGAAACGCGUGUUGGACCCAACAACACCUCACAAUGCUGUAGGUAUGUGGUAGGUGAGAAAGAAUACCCAGAGGGCUUUGGGAACACGAAGAAGGAGGCUAAGGAGGAAGCAGCAAUGCAGGUCUAUCUGGAGUUAUGUGGCAGUAGUCAGACUACAGGGACUGCAGAUGAAAACUGCAAUGGAACCACUGGAAAACACAAGGAGGAAUUGAAUCCAAAGGUUGUGGUCCUCAGUGAGAAGGUUGAACACAUGAACAUGAGCCCAGAACAGAAUGUUCCAGAACGAUACAGCUUCAUUACAACAGAGGAGACCAACUUCAUAGGUAUACUCAACCACUACUGUCAGAAAACCAAACGGUUUCCUGACUUUAAACUGGUGGGGAAGAGCGGACCGUCACACGACCCUCAAUUUCUUUAUAAAGUAUUGAUUGACCAGAAAGAAUACCCAAAUGGUUUGGGUAAGACAGCCAAACAGGCCAAACAACAAGCUGCUCAGUUAGCAUGGUCUGCUCUUCAAGAACAGUCUGACUGGAACAGCCAGGUGUCUUGCAGAUCAACAGUUUCAGAAGAUGGAGGACUAUCCUCUAUACCCCCCUCCAGUACAAGGGAGUCCCAGGAUGCAACACCAUCAUCCUUGAGUAUUCCAGGAAGUACCAGUGAGUCCAUCAUAUUCGCAGACUCCGUUAACGUCAGCUCCCCCAAGCAGGUUGAAAGCCCUGUAAAUGUGAAGCCUAAAAUAAGACUAGCAGCUAACUUCCUGAUGUCACCGGUCAAGACCAAACAGGAAGGUCCAGAUUUAAAAGGCAACAAUUUAGGAACCUUGUCAAGUGGAAGGACAUCCAACCAACCAAUUAAAUCUAGGUUUUUAUCAGAGUUUGAUUCAAUAGAGAAGAUUGGCAAAGGAGGCUUUGGCAACGUUUAUAAGGCGCGACGGGAACUGGAGCAGAAAUAUUUUGCGGUGAAGAUAGUACUGAGUAAAGGGAAAGCUAAGCGGGAGGUUGGUGCCUUAGCAGAUCUUCAGCACCCCAACAUAGUACGCUACUACACCGCCUGGCUGGAGGACACCGCGUACCGAUGCGACACCACCUCUGAGAGCGACACCACUUCAGAUUCAGGCAGCAGUUCGUCCUCUGAGUUCCUGUACAUCCAGAUGGAACUAUGUGACAAGAGGACUAUAAAAGUGUGGAUCGACGAGAGGAACGCUCAUCGGAAACCCAAACGCAGGGAGGAGAGUCUACACAUCACCCAGCAGAUAGUGAACGGAGUAGAAUACAUCCACUCCAAGAAACUCCUACACAGAGACCUAAAGCCUGCUAACAUCAUGUUUGGUAUGAGUGACGGAGAGGGGAAGGGAGAGGUAAAGAUCGGGGACUUUGGUCUGGUGACGGCAGAAGAUAACGACAACGAUGAGAACCUGCUGGAGAGAACGAAAAAGACAGGAACCAAGUCUUACAUGGCCCCCGAACAGAGGAACCAGACCUCCUACGACAGAAAGGUGGACAUCUUUGCUUUGGGUCUGAUCUACUUCGAACUGCUCUGGAACCUGUCUGGGAUGGAGAGAGCAGAGGUCUGGAAUGAUGUCAGAAGCCAGAGGUUUCCUCCCCAGUUCAACACGCAGUUCAACUUAGAGAACAAGGUGAUAGAGUCGAUGCUGUGUGCCAACCCAGAGGAUAGACCAGAUGCCAGGCAGCUGAAGACAAAACUGAAUGAGUGUUCUUGUGUUCUGACCAGAGAUCAAAACGUCCAACAAGACAACAGAACAGUCUAAAGACAGUCAGUGGAAUUCAUAAAGGCUCUCGGAAUAGUAUUCAUUGUGAUAUAAAAUGCACAACUGAUUCUAGAUCAGUUCUCUACUCUGAGAGCUAUGAAUGCAGGCCCUGAACAUCCAACAAAACAACAAAAUGAUCUGAUCCUAGAUCAAAACAAAUCAAAUCAAACUUUAUUUGUCACAUGCGCCGAAUACAGGUGAGGUAGACCUUACCGUGAAAUGAUGAAUACAACAGGUGUAGAUCUCACAGUGAAAUGCUGAAUACAACAGGUGAAAUGCUGACUUUACAAGCCCUUAACCAACAAUGCAGUUCAAGCAAGUUAAGAAAAUAUUUUCCAAAUAAACUAAAGUAAAUAAUAAGAAAAAGUAACACAAUAAAAUAACAAUAACGAGACAAUAUACAGGGGUUACUGGUACCGAGUCAAUGUGCGGGGUUACAGGUUAGACCGAGGUCAUUUGUACAUGGGGGUAGGGGUAAAGUGACUAUGCAUAGAUAAACAACAGAGCUAUCUGAAUUUCAACUGUAUUCCAUAGACUUUUAAUGUGUCAUAAAUCAUGUGUUUUGACUGGAUCUGUCUUUACUGUAAUGAACUCUGAGUCCCAGCAGAAUCCAAUAUAGUUUGAGUUAAAAAUUGUAAUUAUUUUGCUGCAUUCAUGACAUAGUCGGAACUAGGAAACUCUGACAUUUUCGACUUGGAAACUCGUAUCUCGGAAUACGACUUUCCCGAAGUGGAUCCUUUGUUCGCACCACAAAACAACGUCGCCGCAGAAGAGGUAGACAGAGUGGCCUCCUGGUCAGACUUCGAAGACGUGCACCUCACCCACCGCUUCCGAGUAUAUUACUCGCCAACUGAUAGCUUCAUUAAAUAGUACCUGCAAAACACCAGUCUCAACGUCAACAGUGAAGAGGCGACUCUGGGAUGCUGGCCUGCUAGGCAGAGUUCCUCUGUCCAGUCUCAACAGUGAAGAGGUGACUCUGGGAUGCUGGCCUGCUAGGCAGAGUUCCUCUGUCCAGUCUCAACAGUGAAGAGGUGACUCUGGGAUGCUGGCCUUCUUGACAGAGUUGCAAAGAUAAAGCCACAUCUCAGACUGGACAAUAAAAAAGAUUAAGAUGGACAAAAGAACACAGACACUGGACAGAGGAACUCUGCCUAGAAGGCCAGCAUCCCGGAGUCACCUCUUCACUGUUGACGUUGAGACUGGACAGAGGAACUCUGCCUAGAAGGCCAGCAUCCCGGAGUCACCUCUUCACUGUUGACGUUGAGACUGGACAGAGGAACUCUGCCUAGAAGGCCAGCAUCACGGAGUCACCUCUUCACUGUUGACGUUGAGACGGGUGUUUUGCGGGUACUAUUUAAUGAAGCUAACAGUUGAGGACUUGUGAGGCGUCUGUUUCUCAAACUAGACAGUCUAAUGUACUUGUCCUCUUGCUCAGUUGUGCACCGGGGCCUCCCACUCCUCUUUCUAUUCUGGUUAGAGACAGUUUGCUCUGUUCUGUGAAAAGAGUAGUACACGCCAUUGUACGAGAUCUUCAGUUUCUUGGCAAUUUCUUGCAUGGAAUAGCCUUCAUUUCUCAGAACAAGAAUAGACAGACGAGUUUCAGAAGAAAGGUCUUUGUUUCUGGACAUUUUGAGCCUGUAAUCGAACCCACAAAUGCUGAUGCUCCAGAUACUCAACUAGUCUAAAGAAGGUCAGUUUUAUUGCUUCUUUAAUCAGGACAACAGUUGUCAGCUGAGCUAACAUAUUUGCAAAAGGGUUUUCUAAUAAUCAAUUAGCCUUUUAAAAUGAUCAACUUGGAUUAGCUAACACAACGUGCCAUUGGAACACAGGAGUGAUGGUUGCUGAUAAUGGGCCUCUGUACAUCUAUGUAGAUAUUCCAUACAACAUCUGCCGUUUCCAGCUACAAAAGUCAUUUACAACAUUAACAAUGUCUACACUGUAUUUCUGAUCAAUUUGAUGUUAUUUUAAUGGACAAAAAAAAAAGUACUUUUCUUUCAAAAACAAGGAUAUUUCUAAGUGACCUCAAACUUUUGAACGAUAGUGUAUGUAUAUACUGUAUUUUAUACCAUAUAUUGCAUCUUUCCUAUGCCGCUCAGUCAUCGCUCAUUCAUAUAUUUAUAUGUACAUAUUCUUAUUCCAUCACUUUAGAUUUGUGUAUUAGGUAGUUGUUGGGGAAUUGUUAGAUUACUUGUUAGAUAUUACUGCGCUGUCGGAACUAGAAGCACAAGCAUUUCGCUACACUCGCAUUAACAUCUGCUAACCAUGUGUAUGUGACCAAUACAAUUUGUAUCGAUGAUUUGAUUUGAAAUAUGAUACCUGAGUUUCCCACUUGAAAACGAUCCGAAUUAACCAAUUGGAAGCUCUUUGCAAAUAACUUACAUUCAUUUGACUGGGAAAUGUGGGACAUCUUAAUUGGGCAUGGGACACAAGCUACGGCUUGAUCUUAAUUGGGCAUGAGACACAAGCUACGGCUUGAUCUUAAUUGGGCAUGGGACACAAGCUACGGCUUGAUCUUAAUUGGGCAUGGGACACAAGCUACGGCUUGAUCACCCUUUAGCUGGCCACCUUUGAUGAGGGUGUUUAGUGAUUAAAGGCCGAAACACCCACUGAUUCGAAGGCACACUACUGAGGAUGUGUCCCAAAAUUGACAUCUUAACCCAGUCUAAGAAAUAAACCUCCCAUGCCACUCUGUCAACAUCACGGCAAAUCUCAUGCGAGUGCAUUCCAUCUAUUGGCACAAUGGACAGUUAACAUCUCGUCCCGUGUUUUAUGAUUCUGAUUCUAGUCCCCCCCCCCCUUGUCAUGAAUGCAGGAUCCUGUCUAUCCAUGAAGAAACAGUUGACAUACUAUAAGGGUACAAGUCCCAUGUUGAAACCAUUGCUUUAGUUUACCAAGAGUACCUGGUCCUUGAUGUUGAUACUAUACACCAUGUACUGUAUGUUAUGUACUGUAGGCUACGGUAUGGUAUGUAGACUACGAUAUGUUAUGUAGCCUACGAUAUGUACUGUAGGCUACGGUAUGUUAUGUAGCCUACGAUAUGUACUGUAGGCUACGGUAUGUACUGUAGGCUACGGUAUGUUAUGUACUGUAGGCUACGGUAUGUUAUGUACUGUAGGCUACGGUAUGUUAUGUAGACUACGGUAUGUUAUGUACUGUAGGCUACGGUAUGUUAUGUACUGUAGGCUACGGUAUGUUAUGUACUGUAGGCUACGGUAUGUUAUGUACUGUAGGCUACGGUAUGUACUGUACUGAGGUCUACGGUAUGUACUGUACUGAGGUCUACGGUAUGUACUGUACUGAGGUCUACGGUAUGUUAUGUAGACUAUGAUAUGUACUGUGGGCUACGGUAUGUUAUGUAGGCUACGAUAUGUACUGUGGGCUACGGUAUGGUAUGUAGACUACGGUAUGUUAUGUACUGUAGGCUACGGUAUGUUAUGUAGGCUACGAUAUGUACUGUGGGCUACGUUAUGUUAUGUAGGCUACGAUAUGUACUGUGGGCUACGGUUUGUUAGGUACUGUAAGCUACGGUAUGUUAUGUAGCCUACGGUAUGUUAUGUACUGUAGGCUACGGUAUGUUAUGUAGGCUACGGUUUGUUAUGUAGGCUACGGUUUGUUAUGUAGGCUACGGUAUGUUAUGUACUGUAGGCUACGGUUUGUUAUGUACUGUAGGCUACGGUAUGUUAUGUACUGUAGACUACGGUAUGUUAUGUAGGCUACGGUUUGUUAUGUAGGCUACGGUUUGUUAUGUACUGUAGGCUACGGUAUGUUAUGUACUGUAGGCUACGGUAUGUUAUGUACUGUAGGCUACGGUAUGUUAUGUACUGUAGGCUACGGUAUGUUAUGUACUGUAGGCUAUGAUAUGUUAUGUAGGCUACGGUAUGUUAUGUACUGUAGGCUACGGUAUGUUAUGUACUGUAGGCUACGGUAUGUUAUGUAGGCUACGGUUUGUUAUGUACUGUAGGCUACGAUAUGUUAUGUACUGUAGACUACGGUAUGUUAUGUACUGUAGGCUACGAUAUGUUAUGUACUGUAGACUACGGUAUGUUAUGUACUGUAGGCUACGGUAUGUUAUGUACUGUAGGCUACGGUAUGUUAUGUACUGUAGGCUACGGUAUGUUAUGUACUGUAGACUACGGUAUGUUAUGUAGGCUACGGUAUGUUAUGUACUGUAGGCUACGGUAUGUUAUGUAGGCUACGGUUUGUUAUGUACUGUAGGCUACGGUAUGUUAUGUACUGUAGACUACGGUAUGUUAUGUACUGUAGGCUACGGUAUGUUAUGUAGGCUAUGGUAUGUUAUGUACUGUAGGCUACGAUAUGUUAUGUACUGUAGACUACGGUAUGUUAUGUACUGUAGGCUACGGUAUGUUAUGUAGGCUAUGGUAUGUUAUGUACUGUAGGCUACGGUAUGUUAUGUACUGUAGACUACGGUAUGUUAUGUACUGUAGACUACGGUAUGUUAUGUACUGUAGGCUACGGUAUGUUAUGUAGACUACGGUAUGUACUGUAGGCUACGUGUCACGCCCUGGUAGAAAUAUAUUAUGUUUGUCUUCAUUUAUUUGGUCAGGCCAGGGUGUGACAUGGGGUUUUUUCAUAGGUUUUGGGAUUGUGGCGUAGUGGGGUGUUCUAGCAAAGUCUAUGGUUGCCUGAGGCGGUUCUCAAUCAGAGGCAGGUGUUUAUCGUUGUCUCUGAUUGGGAACCAUAUUUAGGCAGCCAUAUUCUUUGAGUGUUUCGUGGGUGAUUGUUCCUGUCUCUGUGUUUGUAGUCACCAGAUAGGCUGUAUAGGUUUUCACGGUCCGUUUGUUGUUUUGUAUUGUUCGUGUUUUUGUCUUUCAAUAAACAUGUAUGGAAAUUA